AUGAACGCCCAGAGCUGUCAAAAUUAUUCUACACAGGUGGCGGCCACUGUGGACCGCCUGAUUGGCUUGCAUCUACAGGCCACAGAUACCUACCUCUCUCUAGGGUAUUAUUUCGAAGGCAACAUGUCUUUGGAGGGUGUGGACCACUUCUUCCGAGACCUGGCUGAGGAGAAGCGUCAGGGUGCCUUUCUUCUCUUGAUGAAAUAUAAUAACAGAAACCACCAGCUCUUCCCUAAUGGACAGAUGCUGCCCUCAUACGAGUGGCAUAGCAGCUUGGAUGCCAUGAAAACUGCCCUGGCUUUGGAGAAGAAGUUGAACCAAAUGUUUUUGGAUCUGCAUACACUGAGUUUUGCCAAUGCAGAUUUUAAUAUCUGCUGUUUCCUGGAGAUCCACUUCUUAAAGAAGGAGCAGAAAGUCAUCAAGAAGAUAGAAGAGUACCUGACUUACCUUCAUGGGCAAGCCAGUGAAGAGGACAAUCUAAGUAAGUAUCUCUCUGAAAAGCUCACCUUCAACUGA